GGAGCUGGUUCUGCUCUUGCGUCCUACUUUGGAAGCGCAGACUUCACCAUUCCAAUUGGCCAGGUGCCUUACUUUAGCAAUAUUACUCACCGAGAAGAAAUGAUGCCCGUCACCAUCAACAUGGUAGUAAGGCGGGGAUGCGAUUUUGUGUUAUUUAAUCUUGUCAAAGAGUUGGCAAAGCUGGGAGUUUUGGGGCCUGUUGCUACUGGUUCGCGAACCUUUGUGUGA